AUGCAGGAAUCUGUAAAGUUCAACCUCAAAGAGGUUAAGUCGGAUCUUCUACGCGCGAUACACGAGUGUUCCCAGCGCGGUUUACUGCACACCACAAAAUGGUUAGCGGAAUUAAAUUAUUCGUUGAAGAACGUAGAGAUAGACACGCACGAUCUGACUGCGGAUGUCAAGGUGCCAGAGAUCGGCGAGGCAGAGGAUGUCUACAUGUUGGCUAAAACGUACUUCGAUCUAAAGGAGUAUGACAGAGCAGCAUAUUUCACAAUGGAUUGCACAAAUCCUAAAAUUAGAUUUUUACAUUUGUACUCACGUUACUUAUCAGGGGAGAAGAAAAAGAUAGAUGAUAUGACGGAUGUGCCGCCGGAUCCUUUGAAGAACGAGAGUCUGAAAUAUCUCUGUGCUGAUCUAAGAUCAGAUCAUUUGGCAUCCAGAAUGGAUGGUUACGGGUUAUAUCUUUUCGGUGUAACACUGAAGAAGUUGCAACUCACUAGAGAAGCGAUAGAUGUUCUAGUAGAGGCUGUGCAUAAGGAGCCUAUGCAUUGGGGCACAUGGCUUGAAUUGGCUGCAUUAAUCACAGACAGGGAGAAACUGGAGAGCUUAUGCUUGCCUAAUCAUUGGAUGAAAUACUUUUUUAUGGCACAUAUGUACUUAGAAUUACAACUCAUAGAUGAAGGCUUAGCAUUAUAUUGUCAACUACAAUCAAUGGUUUCAGAAAAUGGUUAUGUUAUGGCUCAAACUGCAAUUGCAGUGCAUUAUAGAAGAGAUGUUGAUAAUGCAAUAGAAACUUUCAAAAGAAUAACAGAUGAAGAUCCAUAUUGUCUUGAUAAUAUGGAUACAUAUUCAAAUUUACUUUAUGUGAAAGAAAUGAAAGUUGAAUUAGCAGACUUGGCGCAUAGAGCUACUGAGAUAGAUAAAUAUAGAUUGGAGACUUGUUGUAUAGUAGGAAAUUAUUAUAGUUUAAGAGCUGAUCAUCAAAAGGCAGUAAUGUAUUUUCAUAGAGCAUUAAAAAUGAAUCCACAGUAUUUAUCAGCUUGGACAUUGCUAGGUCAUGAAUUUAUGGAAAUGAAAAAUACCAAUGGUGCUAUUCAUAGUUAUAGGCAGGCAAUUGAGGUAAACAGACGAGAUUAUAGAGCAUGGUAUGGUCUAGGUCAGACAUAUGAGAUCUUAAAAAUGCCAUUUUAUGGACUAUAUUAUUACAAACAAGCUCAACUUUUGAGGCCUCAUGACAGUAGAAUGGUUUUAGCUUUGGGUGAAGCGUAUGAGAAACAGGAUAAAAUUCAAGAUGCACUAAAAUGUUAUUACAAAGCAUGCAAUGUAGGUGACAUAGAAGGAAUGGCGCUUUUAAAAUUGGCAACAUUAUAUGAAAAAUUGGGAGAACACGAUCAUGCAGCAGCAGCUUAUACGGAUUUUGUAAUGGAUGAAUUUCGAAGUGUUGAUAGAACGGAGCUGAGUCACGCGUAUAAAUAUCUCACACAAUAUCAUUUAAAGAAAGAACAAUUGGAUCAAGCUAAUCACUAUGCACAGAAAUGUCUUCAAUUUGAUGAAACGAAAGAAGAAGCAAAGGUGCUAUUGAGAACUAUCGCUGAGAAAAGAGCCAAAGUAGAAGAAACUUCUAUGGUGGUGGAUGAUAUGAACGAAACAGAUCCUGUAAUUGAGCAAACAUCGCGAACAGAUGCAACACCUGGGAGUCAGUUGUCGCCUAUGAAUCUUUCAUUCACACCUACACCAUAAAUAAAAUGGAUUCCAUUUGCAGUAUAUAAUAUUAAUUCAUAAUUCUGUAUAUAAAUAUAAAAUAUUCCAUA